UUUUUUUAAAGCCUCCGAGCCCCGGAGCGCGGAGUCGGCUGCCGAUGGUGGGCACGGCCCGACGUGUCUGCGCCGAGAGCGAAGGGAUGCGCGCAGCGCGCACCGCCCGCCUCUAGCUCCGCGCCCGCGCCCGCGCCCCCCCAUGAGCCGCCCCGCGUCCCUGCUGCCGGCCGCCCGCUGCCGCAGCGCCCCGGCCAAGCGGCUCCAGCCGCUCCACGACGGCCCCGCCGAGGAGGCGCCGGCCGCCAAGUGCCCUCGUCUCGCCGACUGCGGCCCCCCGGACUGCCUGAGCGCGCCCGGCUCCCCCUGCUCCCCUGCGUCCCCCGGCGGCGGCGGGGCCCCGGGACCCAGCCUGAUCGCCUCGUACCUGCUGCUGCCGCUGGCCGAGCGGGAGCAGGUGUCCAGGGCGCUGAGCGUCAGCUCCGGGCGGGAGCUGCGCUGCAAGGUGUUCCCCCUCAAACACUACCAGGACAAGAUCCGGCCGUACAUUCAGCUGCCGUCACACAGAAACAUCACCGGCGUCGUCGAAGUCAUCCUCGGGGACACCAAGGCCUAUGUGUUCUUUGAAAAGGACUUUGGGGACAUGCACUCCUAUGUGAGGAGCUGCAAGAGGCUGAGGGAAGAGGAGGCUGCCCGGCUGUUCAAGCAGAUCGUCUCGGCUGUAGCUCACUGCCACCAGUCGGCCAUCGUACUCGGUGACCUCAAGCUCAGGAAAUUUGUCUUCUCCAACGAAGAAAGGACUCAGCUGCGGCUGGAGAGCCUGGAAGACACACACAUCAUCAAAGGCGAAGACGAUGCGCUCUCAGACAAGCACGGCUGCCCGGCAUACGUCAGCCCUGAGAUCCUAAACACCACGGGGACUUACUCUGGGAAAUCGGCCGACGUGUGGAGUUUGGGAGUGAUGCUCUAUACCCUGCUGGUGGGACGCUAUCCCUUCCAUGACUCGGACCCUAGCACUCUGUUUUCCAAAAUCCGGCGUGGACAGUUCUGUAUUCCUGACCACGUCUCCCCCAAAGCCCGAUGCCUCAUCCGCAGCCUCCUGAGGCGGGAGCCCUCAGAAAGACUCACUGCUGCGGAGAUUCUGCUUCACCCUUGGUUCGAGGCAGUCUUGGAGCCUGGAUAUACAGACCAGGAGACGGGAACUUCGGAUCAGAUUGUUCCCGAAUACCACGGAGACAGUGACGAUAUUAGUUCCUUCUUCUGCUAACCACAAAAUCUCACAAACCUCAGCGGUUCCCACCUCCGGCAUCUUCAUAGGGUUUCAUUUUUCCACGUUUGCAAACGCAUCUUAAAGUGCCAGUAUGGUCAGAGAAGUGACCUUGUUUCAGACAAAUGCCGACCCGUAGGUCUCCGCUCCCUGAAUGCACUCAGUUUCAUUCUCUUGCUCUGCUGGUAGGUCGGUCCCGCCAGCCCUGGAGGACCAUGCAGCUUUGUGAGAGCCCCUUGGCUUUUCUCCUGCCUCCCGCAUCCUCCACCGGUGUAACUGGUUGCAUCCUGGCUGCAGAGUCUUACGGCUGGCGAGGGGUGAGACAGAAAGGCAGCCCCCUUCUGCUUUCCCAUGGGGGUGCAGAGCCCCGGCCGCGAUGUGUAGGGGUGGGAGGCACGAGGAGCACCUCUAACCGAGUGAAUCUGACACAAGUGGUAGGAAGGGGAAUCGGCUCGGCCGCACCAAGUUGCAAAGUAGCUUUCUGACUGUAAGAGCACUUUAGCGAGGGGAGGAAGUCUUCACCUGACACAGUCAGCUGCCUGCUGGCUGCUGCUCCUGCAGCUCAUCUUUCUUUCAGAGGCAUGAAGCUCCUAGAUCCACCUGUAAGACAAACCGCUGCUGUGGCUCUUUCUGAAGCAGAAACAAGUGGAUCACCCAGCUGGAUCCCCUCUGAUUCCAUUCGCUGACCGGGAAAGCAUUUUAAAUAGACUUAAGCUUUGCGUUACCAUGGUGUAGCCUAUACAACUUUAUGCCCCCUGCGAGCUUGUCAAGUAGCAGGUCUCGUUAGCUCCGAGUGCCAAAACAUAUCCGUUUACCGACCCGUAACACUAUCGGCUGGGGCGCCUUCCCUUGGAAAACGAUGAGGGGUAUCUUGUACAGUACCUAUAAACACGUCAUGUUUUCCUACAGGCUCAACUCUUAAAAACAUCACAUUCUCUCUCCUCUUUCCCUCCUCCAUCCCCCGAAAAGUUAGUCUUAAGAGUAAAAUCUCCAUAUGCCCUUAGUUGAUUAUUCAGGUAUGUUGUUUGCCCCCAGCUACAGGGGUGGUUUUCCCCUUAAAUUUCGUUUUAUUUGUUUUGCAUGAUUAUUCAUAGUCUUUCCAAUGUGCGUGGAUAAUGAAUAUAUCUCAAUCGUUAGCUUCCUGGGUUGGGGGUCAGUAAAGCUUAGUCCUGCCGAAGAUUUCUGCUUCGUUUCACAUUCGUGUCCAGUGGCUUAUGCAAAGAGGUGUCCGUUCGCCUUAGGCGAAAGCACGGCUUCGGGAAUGGCCGUGAGGUGGGUAACGCAUGCCCCUGACGUGACACAGGUCGAGUGAAGUCAUUUUUAGGGUUAACCCCUGGCAAGCUGCAGUCCCACCACGCGUUGCGAGAAUACCAUGUAUACCUCAUGGACUGUGUACUUUGUACAUACCUUACUGUUUGGGGGGGUUUGUUUUCUUGUUCUGUUGUACUUUGUUUGUCCUAAUAAGAGGUGUCGAAGAGCAAUUUAAUGUGAAUUAUUGUUGGCAAUACUAACUUGACAGAAUCAUGAGCAUUAAGAGCAGGGCGCUACAGCUCUCCGUUGCACUAAACCUCUCAUGAUUGCUUGACAUUUGUAUCUGUGAUACAGUUUAACCCUUCUAUGAAAAACAGUACCUUUGUAUAUAUUGGUAGAAAGUUCUGCCAGAAAAGCUAAAAACACUAUGUCCAACUUGUAAAUAUGUAUAUGUAUGUGGAAACCUGGAUGAUAAAGUCUGACUUGUAGAGAGUUUUAAUAAACUUGGUUUCAUAA